AUGGUUGGCAAACAAAAAAAAAAUAUUCCACCAAUCACAAAAGAGUUGCAAGAAAUCCAUUGGGAUAACAAAGAAAUAGUUAAAGCACUCACAAAUCUUCCUUUAAAAGAUUUAUACAAAAUGUUUCCAAAAGUAGAUCCAGCGGUGAUUAAAAGUAAAAAAACUAAUUCUGAUUUAGCUUCAGCAAGAGAACUAUUUACAAAGAAGAGAAAGAGCCCAUCGAAAUCCGAUGAAAAAGAAUGUUCUAGCGAUGAUGACGAUGACAGUGAUGAUGGUGAUGGUAAUACAUACGAUGAUACAUAUAAUCAAUUCCUAAGUUCCCGUAUUUCAUAA